AUGAAGUUCACACUUUUCACUCUCAUCACUCUCGUCUCUGCCGCCUCUGCCGGCUUGAUCAAGCGAGUCGAUGUCAAUGUUCCCGCCAUGACAGACGGAAGCGGCAACAUUGUGGAAUUCAACGCCGCAGAGGUUCCCACCAGGAAGCGAGCCAUCGCUCAGCAGCAGCAGAAGCAGCAGAAGAAGAACAAGCAAUAA